AUGGCCUCUAGAAAGGGCGAAGCCUCGAAAGAGGCCGGGGAGGAAGAAACGCGAGAGCCCAGCGUAGAAGCUGGAGGAGAGACCAAGACGGCCGAGGUGAAAGCCGUAGUUCGCCCACGAAAAGUGGGAUGUUUAAUGCUGUUUGUCGGUGACCAUGAAGACAAAGGGGAAGACACCGACUAUUGGCGCGUGCGGUUAGGCUGGUCUGGGGAUGAAGAGCCCCGUGAUGUCUACCACCGCUACGAGGCGGUUGGAGACCCCACGCAAGCCGGAGGAGGCGGGCAGGUCCCUCUCCUUCGGUUUGUGUGGGUGUUUGAGACCGGGGAAUGGGUCGACAAGGCGAAGAUGUUGAGAGAAAGGGCACAGAAGGCGCAGAAGGAAAAAGAACUGCAGGAAGCCGUCUCCGCCGCCGCCAACGCCGCGAGGACAGGUCGCGGAGGCUACCGCCGAGCAAGAGCCCAGCCUGUCGCCCCUGACGCAGCUCCUGGUGCUGGUCGUCAGGAUGCUGCCGAAGGGGCGGGCGCCGGAGGAGCUGUGGAAGGGGGAGACGGUGCUGGUCACCUCCCCCCUGAAACCGAAGUGAAGAAGAGAGGGAGGAAUCCCGCAGCGGCAAAGGUGCCCCCUAAGCGUAAAAGGGGGCAGGACGAUGGCGACCACCAGCCAGCUGAACAGGCUGUGAAGCGAAGGGCGAAAGCAGCUCGAAAAUGA